GUCACCCGCGAUCCUCUCAACAUGUUGUCACUGGCACUGCUCUACAUUCUGGCUGUGGUUUGCUCUGCGCGGAGGACUCAUGCACUGCCUCUAUAUUCAGACACGGCACUGCCACAGCAGGAAGAACUGAUUCAGAAACUGGUGGCAGAGGUUGAGGAAGGACAAAAUAAUGAUUUAACAGAGCAAAGGGACAUCAAGACUGUGCUUCCUGUCUUGCUCCAGAGAGGUUCAAAAGAAACUUUGCAGCAAGAGAAAAUGAAUAACAUGGUGGAUGACUUAAAAGCAGUUGUCUUAAAACUAGCAGCAGCUGAUAACCUGCGUUCUCAAGGCUAUCUACGAUCUGAGCAAAACUUGCCCAAAAACAAUAAGAGAGCCUGUUUUUGGAAAUAUUGUGUUACAAACUAGGAAUUAAUCGGCUGAGAUGGACAGAGGACCAGCCUAACAUCAUUUCAUGUACAAACACCUUUGAUUUUCCCCAUGAAAUAUCCAUUCAGCUGCCUUUUGACAUUGUGAAUAUUGUUUUAUAUUUAUAUAUAAGUAUAUAGUAAUCUAACAGGAAUAUGAAUGUAUUUUUAUCAUAAAUAGAAACGGACCUAGAACUGCAAAUGUAAAAUAAACAGAUCAGUUGUAAUAUUUGUGUAUUUUUUGUUUUUCAAUCCAGUCAUCAUCUUCCAUCAAAGCUCUGGAUAUGCUUCACAUUCACAUAAAAAGAGAAAGGCAAACUGGUGAUAUUAAUUUUAUUUUAUGUAACAUCUGAAAGAAAGCAGUUUAAUCUCUUUUUUAAACAAUCAUGAUGUCUAACAAUGGUGUUUGUGCAGUUCAUUCGUCACAAUAACCCUUAAUACAAAACAACCAUUACUGACGUAUGACUAAUUGACUUAUG